CUCAGUCGUCUUGAUUGAUUAUAACAGGUAGGAGAUUUUUCAACCGGCCGCUAAUGGAGUCGAGCAAUGCGUAGGGUUUUAUGCUUCUAUAGAGCUUUGUUUCUUUGAAAUUUCUUCAUAACCUUUGAAUGUCGUGAAAGAUUUCAGAAACCAGAAGGCGUUAAUAGAAGUUGACGAUGGAGCCGGAGGUGAUAGAAGCAGAGUUAGUGUUGCCGACUCACCUGAAUUUCAAGCGAAUUCAAAUGUACGAGAAGUAUCCGAAAGGUCAAUCCAGAGGCAGGCACUGGAAGCAUCUGAAGCAAAUUCUUCAAGCCGAGAAUUAUCACAACUACUCAUCUGAUGAACCCAACUAUGUUAAUAUCGAGUCACCUCCCUCAAUGCAUCCAUGCAAGAAAAUUUGUGAUAUAACAGGAUAUGAGGCACCAUACUAUGAUCCCAGGACUACUCUUCGAUAUGCAAAUGCUGAUAUCUUCAAGGUCAUAAGAUCACUUCCUAAUGAGUACGUUCAGAGGUAUUUGGCCAUGAGAAAUGCAGCUGUUGUUUUAAGGUGAGGAGAUACUGCUUUUCUAUUGCCGAUUAGCUCGGUGUCGAACGAGCCCUCCAUCUCGUGGCAGAAAAUGCAGUGUGAAUACUUAAAUGUAUCAUUUGUGUAUUGAUUCAAUCAUUUUGUGUAUUAAAUGGUCUUGGAAUACAUUUUAUGUUUGCCUUUGGAACUAUUAGCCUUAAAACUCUCCAAGCUGAAAACAUCCCCCUAAUGGGAUUGCAGUUGAAGGAAAUUAAAGGCUUAAAACUCGGUUCUAUACCUCGAAUCUUGAAUGAUUUCUAGGACUUCUAUGUACCAUCCAUGUCGGUAACUAAAUAAUGAUAUGUCACGUUUAUUGUA